AUGGAUUUUGCCUCGCGUAAGGGAUUUCUCAGCGAAUGCCAGCUCUGCUUGUUAAUAUGUAUAUCCUUGUGUGGUCAUAAAGUUUCGAAAUUCCUAGGGCAGCACUUCUCACCCCUGUCAAAAGGUAAAUUGCCUCAGGAGAAGUCGUGUUUAUUCUGGUCAGCUCUGCGAGCAAUUCGGGAACGACAGCCAGCAGCUAGAUUGCAGUUUGAGGAUCACAACGACUUAGAGAGGAAUAACGGUGGGCCUGAAGCUCAGUGCUCAUCUAGUGAACAUCGGUACCUGGGCAUCAAAACAAUAAUGAGUGAAGUAAUGAAAUAAUGUUCCUGAGUCUAAGGUGGAAUGGUCAUCCGUCAGUUGCUGGGCUAGACAAGCUACAUAUUAACAUUCUUACCAGUGUCCAUGCUUUAGCAGCAUGCCUAUAUUAUUGGCAUUGUCACAUAUGGGUUGCAUUGCGAAAUGAUCCAUAACACUUAAUUGUUGCAAGUAGACCAACAAAACAUCCUAUGUGUGCCAUCGUGUUUAGAAAUUCACCAAAACUCAGAAACAAGGAAUGAACACGUAUGGCCGACAUUCCCCAAUUAGUGUUUACAUCUUGUUUUUAUUCCUAGCCAUGCGUUUCCAUUCC